CUAAGUAUCUUUCUGUGUUUGAUUAGAAAACAAAGGAAUUUACAAUGGUGUCACUGAGGCUGCAGAAAAGGCUAGCAGGCACCAUAUUGAAGUGUGGAGAGGGAAAAUUGUGGCUUGAUCCCAAUGAGACCAAUGAAAUUUCAUUGGCCAAUUCUAGGAUGAACAUAAGAAAGCUGAUAAAGGACGGUUUCAUAAUGAGAAAACCACAGAAAAUCCAUUCUAGAAGUCGGUGCAGGAAGGUGAAGGAAGCGAAAGCGAGAGGGAGGCACUCAGGCAAUGGGAAGAGGAAGGGAACAAGAGAGGCAAGGUUACCUUCAAAGCACAUGUGGAUGAAGAAAAUGAGAGUUUUGAGGCGGCUGCUUCGCAAGUACAGAGAUCUUGAAAAGAUUGACAAACACAUGUACCAUGAAAUGUACAUGAAGGUUAAAGGAAAUGUUUUCAAGAACAAACGUGUGCUUAUGGAGAGAAUUUACAAGUUGAAAGCUGAGAAAGCUAAGGACAAAUUGGUUUUGGAUCAAUUUGAAGCUAAGAAAGAGAAGAUUUCAUUGAGAAAGGAAGAAAGACUCAGCCAGGCAAUAUGUAUGUGUUAAAGUAAAUAAAAUUUCUCAGUUCUGAUGAAUAGUAAAUUAUGUGAUUUCGUACUGAUUAUGUACAUUUUUGUGGUUUAUCAUUGUCUAAUAAUAUGUAAUGUUUAUGUGUACUCAUGAGGUUAUUUUAAUAUGACCUCUCGUUUGUUUUAUGAAAAAAAUUUUUUUUU